UAUUGUUUCUCUUAAAGAAAAAUAUAGGAUUUUUUUUCUUUUUUUUGGUUCUUUGAAGAACUUGACUUGGCUGGACCCUCCAUUUUGUGAACCUUCUCCUUCACUUCCAUUGAUUUUUCUUUCUGGGUAUUUAAUCUUAUCUUCAAAAGUUCCAGCUUUUGGUGGUGCUGCUGCAAAAUAGAAAAGAAAAAAAUAAUUUUCAGUGCAAAAAGAAAAAAAAUCUAUUUGUUUUUGUUUUAUGUUUUCUUGGUAAAUGUGGGGAGCUCCUGGAGAACCUGCUGAUUCUUAUUAUGCAGUCCGGCCUGAAUGCACUGAUGUUCCUAGAACCAGAUUUAAGAUCAAGCCUGGUAAAACUCUAAGUGCGAGAAAAUGGCAUGCUGCAUUUUCUCCAGAUGGACAUCUGGAUAUCGGAAAAACUCUACGUCGAAUCCAACGUGGGGGGAUCCAUCCAUCAAUUAGGGGAGAAGUUUGGGAGUUUCUCCUUGGCUGUUAUGAUCCCGAUAGUACAUUUGAUGAAAGGGAUCAAAUACGGCAGCAUCGAAGGGUGCAAUAUGCUAGAUGGAAGAAUGAAUGUCGUGAAAUCUUUCCUGUUAUUGGAAGUGGAAAAUAUAUUACAGCACCUGUCAUCACCGAUGACGGUCAGCCCAUUCAAGACCCUUUAGUUCUUUUGGAGACAAAUCCAGGUACAGAUGCUAAUAAUGCUGACAUGGUGAACAAGCUACUUCCUCGUGGUCCGUUUGAUAAGAAAGUAAUCCAGUGGUUGCUUACACUACAUCAAAUAGGUCUUGAUGUUAUUCGCACUGACAGGACUUUAGUAUUCUAUGAGAAACAAGAGAAUUUGUCGAAACUUUGGGAUAUACUCUCCGUUUAUGCCUGGAUAGAUACGGAUGUUGGCUAUGGUCAAGGAAUGAGUGAUCUUUGCUCUCCCAUGAUUAUUCUUCUUGAAGACGAAGCUGAUGCGUUUUGGUGCUUUGAACGUCUGAUGCGCAGAUUGCGAGGAAAUUUCAGAUGCACCGAGAAUUCCGUUGGGGUAGAGACACAACUUGGUUAUUUAGCCGCAGUAACUCAAGUUAUUGAUCCGAAACUUCAUAACCAUUUCGAAACACUGGGUGGAGGUGACUAUCUCUUUGCUUUCCGGAUGCUAAUGGUUUUAUUUCGUAGAGAGUUUUCGUUUUGUGAUUCAUUGUACUUAUGGGAGAUGAUGUGGGCUCUCGAAUACGAUCCCGACUUGUUCUCUCUCUAUGAAGAACCUGGAUCAAAGAUCACCAAGGCUGUAGUCUCCAGUAAAGGGAAACCAAAAUCAACACGUCAAUGCGGGAAGUACGAGAGAGAAAAUAUGAAAAUCAAAAGCUCUGAUGCUCCACUCCCGAUCUCUGUUUUCCUUGUUGCCAGCGUCUUAAAAGAUAAGAGUUCAAAGCUACUGCAUGAAGCCCGGGGCCUCGACGACGUAGUUAAGAUUCUGAAUGAUAUGACUGGAAAUUUGGACGCAAAGAAAGCUUGCAUUGGGGCACUGAAGCUUCAUAAAAAAUAUUUGAAAAAGAUGACUCUCCAUGAACUCAAAAGCUCAUUUUUUUCAUUGAUGUUGUGUCCACAGGCCAAGAAGACAUAGCUUUAUGUAAACCAGAUGAAGUUUUCCAGAAAUCAGUCGAGAAAUAAUGAUUUUCUUUUUCGUUUUUCACGUCGCAUGCUACACCUUCGUGAUGAAUCCUGGCUCUGGGAUUACCGACCCCUGUAUACGAAUAUGUUUUGUUGUAUUGAAUAGAUAUCUGUGCUUAUAAUCAUUCAAAUCUCGAUGAAAAACAGAAGAAAACAGUUUAUUAUGUAUUAAUUCUUUAUACCCUU